AUGAACAACCAAUCUAUGUCUUCUUCAAGCUCCUCCUCCCCACACAAACAUGAUCAAAAACUCAAAAGUGCCCUUGUGGCCGUGGAGGAGAAGGAGACAAUAAACAAUCCGAAACAAAGGUCUCCUCAAGAGAUUGUGUCUGAAAGGACAAACCUUGAGAUGCCUAGUUUCAGAUUAAGUUUUUUCCGAAAGAAAAGAGAUACCGUGCUAAUACAUCCUCCCAAGGAUAACAAGAUCAGCCACACCUGUCGUUUCUGCAAGAGGAAUUUCAAAAGCUGUUUUGCCCUAGGCGGUCACAUGAAGUGCCACAAAAAGGAACGAGAAUUGGAGAAGCAGCGAAAGAUAAUCGAGGAUGCGAUGCUUUGUGAUAGUACUCCUUUCACCUUGCAAAGGCUUCCUGUUGGCCCUUGUAAGUAUGGCCAAGGUGGUAGCUCACAUGCUUUAUCAACUGAUGGUAUUAAUCUUGAUCUAACUCUUGGUCCAUCCAAGUCCACAGGAGGCAGCAACAAUAGCACUAAUAACAACACUAACUCAUCGUUCCAUGGGAAUCUAAUGACUCCCGUGGGUCCUUGUGUGCCUAGAUACAGUUUGGUUGCUGGAAACCAGGUUGAUUCAAGCAAUAUACAUGUUCCUGCUUAUCCAACCACCGAUCUUUGUUAUGAUUUUUUUGCUUUACAAGAGCAUGGUUCGGGCUCUAGUCACUCAAAAAGUCUCAUCUCAAAGGGGAAAAACAAAGUCAUGGUGCCUGAAGAUGAUGAGGAUAUCGGGAUGAUAAGGUGGUUGCCCAAGAAAAAAAGAUCAAGAGGAGAGUAG